AGACAUCGUACAGUGGUUGAUGAAGAGCCUGAAUAUUGAAGACCCAGGUGAAGCAAUACACUUCGGGAGCCUCAUUUCUGCUCAAGGAUAUGUGUUUCCUAUCUCCGACCACGUUCUGACAUUGAAAGAUGAUGGGACGUUUUACAGGUUUCAGGCUCCAUAUUUUUGGCCAUCGAACUGUUGGGAGCCAGAAAACACAGACUAUGCCAUCUACCUGUGUAAGCGGACAAUGCAGAAUAAAGCGAGAUUGGAGCUUGCUGAUUAUGAAGCCGAAAAUUUGGCCAGGUUGCAAAGAGCAUUUGCAAGAAAGUGGGAGUUCAUCUUUAUGCAAGCAGAGGCCCAAAUAAAAAUUGACAGAAAGAAGGAUAAAACGGAACGUAAGAUCCUAGACAGUCAAGAAAGAGCAUUCUGGGAUGUCCACCGGCCCGUUCCUGGCUGUGUGAACACUACAGAAAUGGACAUCAGGAAAUGUCGCAGGAUGAAAAAUCCGAACAGUGUAAAGAAGUCAGUGUAUGGGAUUUCUGAAGAUUCACAGACACACAGUCCUGUACAUAUAGUUGCACAAACAGCUAAGAAGCCUGCGAAAGAUGAUCUGAAGAAACAGAUAACAUUUUUAAAUAUCCAGCUAGAAAGACAUUGUUUAAAAAUGUCUAAAGUAGCUGAAAGUUUAGUCAGUUCCACUGAGCAGUAUUUGGACUAUGAUCCCCUUCUGACUCCUCAAGAUCCUCCUAACCCUUGGAUCAGUGACGACAGCACAUUCUGGGACAUGGAAGCCAGCAAAGAGCCCAGCCAGCAGCGUGUGAGGAGGUGGGGAUUCUCCUUCGAUGAAGUGCUCAAGGAUCCUGCAGGACGCGAACAAUUUCUGAAGUUCGUCGAGUCUGAGUUUAGCUCCGAGAAUCUGAGAUUUUGGUUAGCCGCAGAAGACUUGAAGAAGCGUCCACUUCAAGAAGUUCCAGAUAAGGUUCAAGAAACCUGGCAAGAAUUUCUUGCUCCCGGGGCACCGAGUGCGAUCAACCUGGAUUCCCAUUCGUAUGAGAUCACCAGCCAGAAUGUCAAAGAUCCCGGGAGGUAUACUUUUGAAGAUGCACAGGAACACAUCUACAAGCUGAUGAAAAGCGACAGUUAUGCUCGCUUUCUGCGUUCCAAUGGCUAUCAAGAACUCUUACAAGCAAAGAGGAAGCUUGAGAACGAACAGGGCCGCAGAACGUCGCUGGAAAAGUUCACUCGCAGUGUGGGCAAAUCCCUGACUGGCAAGCGGCUUACGGGUCUCAUGCAGUCUUCCUGACACCAAUCCACACUCGCCAGUUGGAAUGAAGUGAGAAGUGGCAUGUACCUAUACUCCUGGAAGUUACCAUGUAAAGGAGCCCACCGCAAGGAGUUUUACUGUACAACUCGACAACGGAACAUUUUAAUCAAUCUUCAAUGCGGAAUGAAUUUGAGCUACCACAGAUGAAUCAAAAUGUCACCCUUUUUUUAUUAAGGAACAAUAAAAUUAGACUAGUCCCAGGCACAAGGAAGCAUAUAUUGAUUUUCUGGCUGUCAGUGAAACUACCAUAUCUGACCUCCUGGAUACGUUAACGGGGGAAUGCCUGUGAAUUCAUGGAAUCCAGUUGCAUCCAAGCACUAUCCAAUUGUCCACAAGUGAGUGGAGAAUAUUAGGAAGAGGUUUAUAAAUUGCAAGCAAGCCCAGCAGCUGCAUAUUUUGAAAGUCUUUUGCCAGAGGGGAAACAGGUUGAUGUAUCUUUAGGCAAUAACCUACUCAGAGUCUCUGAGCUUCACGUUCACUUCAGCCAAUUAUAGGUCUUCCAUUUUUCUCAUUUGUGCACCUUAGAGUAUUUGAUGCACCUUGUAUAACCUAGAAGGGGCUGGUAGUUUUGCUGACUGACUAUAGUGAAACAGAUGAUGCAACAGAGUGGGAAAUGACUUCACAUCAUUGUGUAAGUUAGUUUUAAACUCAUAUUUAAUUAAAGAAACCUCGUAAUUUUUUUAACUUGGUGUACAGACACCACAUUAGAUGUAUCACCAUUAUCCUUUGGACAUUGUGAUGUUAAUAACAGACUGAGACAAGGCUAAGCUGGUACAAUGUACUGGUAAGACAGAGGCCAACACUUUGUCAGUGAUAUCACCUUACAGGUAUGAAACGUAAGCUACUUUCACUCAUAAACUUAGCAACCUCAGAGGAAGAAUGGCUCAGUGAAAAUACAUCUUGUCCAGUGUUAAUUCUUCAAUUGACUUCACUCCAGUAUAUUUAACUUGUCAUUUGUCUUAUUGUUGUUUGUUAGAUCCUGCUAUGUGUAAAUUGGCUGUUAUUCUUGCUGUCAUAAUAAUCGUUACAAUUCAAAAGUACGUAAUUGUCUGUGAAAUUCUUUGAGGUGCUCUGACAAUGUGUAGGAAGCUAAAUAAGCACCUCCUGGUUUUUGUCAAAGUUAUGCCUAUAAAAGUCAAGAGGAUGGAAGUUGCACUGCACAAAAAGAGAAUUUGAAUUUAAGUGAAUUAAUUUGACUUAUGUAAUGUUACUUACAUGAAUUGCCACCAGAGUGGGUGGGUGCCAGGAACAUAAUGGGGAAUUUGAAGAGCUUGGGAGAGAGAAUAAAUAAGAAGGAGAAUGAAGACACAAUAUUUUGCAGAUGUUAUAAUCUGGAUCCAGAUCAGUGCUGGAAAAACUCAAUGAAUCAGUCAGCUUCUGUGGAGGCAGAGGAAUAGUCAGCAUUUUGGGUAAAGCACCUGGACUGGGAAAUGGGAUUACUCUAAGAGUUGGCAUAGACUCAAUGGACAAAAUGGCCUCAUUCUAGGAGAGUAAAUAAGAAGACUUAUUUGGACCAUGCUGUUAUUUAAGAUCUGUUUGAGCCAUAUCCCACUCUUCACCAUCUAAUCCCAUCUAGAUCUCGA